CCCCGUGACGCAGCCAGUCACAUGAGCGGCUGGUGCCCGGCUGCUAUCGAGUUGUCCGUCUCACUCACAACGAAAGUGCUUUUCUCUCCGUCGCCAUGAGCCUUGUCGUCACCUAUCGCCUCUUGACACCACUACUGCUGUUCGGUUUUAUACAGGUUAUAUUAACAAAGAGAUUUGAGGUCAAAGAUGCAGCAAAAAUCUGUUUGCUAGCUGAAUUCUCAGCUGACUUUUCUCUCAGCUAUGAAACCACUGCGAGAACGAAGGCUGCAGCUUUGUUCUCCCUACCACAAGAUGCACAAGAAAGCCCUCAAAGUAAUUGUAAUAACAUGACUGCACCACUACUGGUAGUCAGCUUUGGGAAUGGCCAUUCUCUCAGCAUGAAUUUCUCAAGAAGCAACAUAUCAUACAAGAUGGAGGAAUUGACUCUUGUCCUCAAUAUGAAUGACAGUACAUUAUUUCCCAAUUCAAGUAAAGUUGAUUUGUUCAAUACCGCAAGAUCUUUAGACAUCAUUGCAAAAUUGAAUACAACAUACACAUGCUUGAGUGAUUCUACUGUAUCCAUGGAGAAUGUAAACAUAACCCUGAGUAAGGUCCAAUGGGAAGCACUUCCACCAGCUGCCAACUUCAGUAAAACGAAGACGGAAUGCCCUGCUGAUGUGUCUACCUCUGCACCACCCAUCACCCUGGCUCCAACGACUGCAACACCUGUAAUACAGAAUCCCAUUCAAGGAAAAUAUAACCUAUCCAAUAACAAUGUGACCUGCUUUCUUGCUGCGAUGGGACUGCAGAUUAAUGUUACACAAAUGACUGGCAAUAAGAUAACAACAAAUGUUUUUAACAUUGAUCCCCACCAAGUAACUGUUAGUGGAAACUGUAGCAGUGAUCAUGCAUCCCUUCAAUUGACAGAUAAUUGGACCAUGCUGACUUUUCAGUUUGUUGUGAAUACUACUCUCAACAAUUUUUAUCUGAAAGGGAUCUUGAUCUCCACAAGCCAUGUUCCAUCUCCAGGAAGAUUUAAAACUGAAAAUACCAGUCUCCACUACCUGCAGACAACUUUGGGCAAAUCUUACAUGUGCCAAGCUGAACAGGUUCUCCAGGUGACCACAAACUUUUCCAUCAAUGUAUUUGAGCUCCAUGUGCAGCCAUUCAAAGUGGAUAAUUCAAAAUAUGGAACUGCUGAAGAAUGCCAAAUGGAUAAAGAUGACAUGUUGAUCCCAAUAAUAGUUGGUGCAGCUCUUGCUGGCCUUGUGCUGAUUGUGUUGAUUGCUUAUCUUAUCGGAAGAAAGAGAAGCCACGCUGGAUAUCAAACCAUUUAAUCUUGCAUAGAUUUAGCUAUUCCACCUCUGUAACUAAUUCUAUUUCAAAAAAAUGCAUACACAUUCUCUCCUAGAAUCUUGGGGAUGGACCUGCAUUAAAGGGAGUUAAGAGAAAAUUGUUUACUGACAAAUGGAAUCCUCUGCCUGACAACUUGCUUCUAAUAAUAUGUUUUUAACAAAAUAUGUGAAAUACUUACCCAUCCCCAAGUCUUGACAUAAGGCAUGUCAUUGCAUUACCUGUGUAUAACCAUGGAACUGGAGAGUAGUAUUCAAUGCUAAGUGAAAACUAAAAGCCACUCUGAAUAGAGAAUGCAAUGUUGCCAGGAGGGUUUACACAUUUAAUUCAGGUUGUGAGUGAGUGGCAUCUGUACACCAAGUUUCAAUAUUAAUGCUUCUACAUCAUUUAUUUUAUCCCAAGAGGUGAUGUGCAAUGGGUAAGAUAGAGGCCAGGUUUGUUUACACUAUUGAAGGCAGCCAAACAAAGGAGACCAGCUUUUCAAUAAAGGCUAUGCUGCUGUAGUGUAAGAGCACCUUAAGAAAAGGACUGUUUGUGAGUAAAUUAAUAACAUUUUCACACUUCUACUGUGUAACCAAGAGUGUUAAUUCCUACUUUAAAAUAGUAAUGGUGUGUUGUGCUUAAGUGAUUUUUUUACCCAAUAGACCUCAUAUGGGUGCAUGUGUAUGCAUACACAGUGUGCCUGUAAAUUAGGCUUCUUAAAAAUUAAGCUCCCAUUCGCUCCUGCUCCCAACCAACCCCCUCCCCCCAAAAAAAUUAUAAAUAAAUUAUAACAACUGGCACAUUGCAAAGAUUUUAUUUUAGUUUGAGUAUUGUGUAAUCAUUGGAAUGAGACCUUUAGGAAUGGGCGUCAUCUACUCCUUGUUUUUUUACACACAAAAAUACUACCUUGAAGUGCAGAUUGCGCUGCAGUGUUUGACCUUUUCAAAAUAUAAAAGCACAACAUUGCUCUUGGCUUCAUUGGCCUUUGACUGCUGUUGCAAAUUACACAGUGAUUGUUUUAUAUCCAUUCGAAGUGUGUUAAGGAUGAACAGCUUUAACUAUAGUAAUUGAUGUUAAUCCUACAACAGUUUCCUAAUGGCUGAUAAAUUAAACUAGAUGGCUGUUAAUUAAAUUCAGAACUACCAUUUUGUAUGAUAAGCACCUGGUGUGUGAACUGUAAACUCAAAAGAUGUUGGAAUAAACUUGAGAGAUGUUGGAGUAAAGUUUGCCCUAAAGCAUUUAACAUGCACUAAUUUUGCCAACACAACAUGGGCAUAAUUUAAGCUUGGUUCAUUUUGAGAACGUGUUUAAAAUCUGGUUUAUGUAUUUAAAUCUUUAGGUUGUUUAUAAACUGUUUUCUGGGAUUUAGGGUGAUGUAUAUUGGGUGCUCUUAAUGAUUAGGAGCUGGCAUUCUCUAUUUGUUUUUUUUCCUCUACUUCUUUUAAAAUCAAUUAAAUGGUGUGCAUUUUUGUGACUGCACCUUUUAUGUAUGUCUUACCGUAAAUAUUUUGGAGUCCAGCCUGCCGACUGUGCUUCGGAGCUUGUUUGGGAUGUUGCCUGAGACUUGGCACAUAAGGUGUAUGGAUUACCUUUUAACUGUGCUAAUAAAUAGUUUGUUUCUGAAAGGGCUAUGUGCGAGUUUUCCCUCUUUUGUUAAAGGUAUUUGGCCAUCUCUCAUAAGAAAGGGAAUCUUAUCUCUAUAACGCAUUGAGUAAUUUUUUGGGGGAAACCCAGUUUCUAAGACCACUCCCGAGUAUGUUCUUUUGAUUUCCCUUUCCCAAUGCAUUCUUGCUUUUAUAAUUUUCUAUAGAAUAUUCUUUUUUCUUUUUUUUUUUAAUUUUAUGAGAAAUGUUAUCAGAAAUUAAGUUUGUCCUGUUCCCACAUUUUUGUUCUCUUUGGUUCUGUAAUCCAGGUUGAUGUUGGAGAUAAAAAUUUACCUGACAUACUUGUGCGCCAAUAAAAAUUAUUUCUUUUAUCUGUCA